CGUCACGUGACAGGGGCGCGUCGCCACGGAGACGGCCGCGCGCCCUUCCUGGGUGACACCGCGGCUGGUGGCGGUGGCGGUGAGGGGGGGUCCCUCUUGACACUUUUGAUCGAAUCAACUCGAAGAACUGCGGCUCGAUCGUCGCUUCAUCACCCUCGCUAACCACUACCACCACCACCACCCCCCACAUGGAAGGGUUUCGUUUGAACGCGGACGCGGCGCUCGCCGUGGACGAGUAUCUCGAGUACAAGAGGAUCGUUGGAGAGGAUGACGGCGGGAAACUGAUGAGUCCACAGGAGUACGCCGACUACAAGAGACGGGUGCUCCCCCAGCGGGAGCGCAAUCGUCUCUUCGUAAGUUGGAGCGGUCCGACCGGCAUGGAUUGCAAGCUUGUGGGGCCGGAGACCCCAUGCUUCUGCACUCACAGAUACAAGCAGCACCAGACUGACCUGGAGGAGAUCCCCAAAGAACGACCAAUACAUUUACCUUGUCGAGUUCAUGGAUGUCGCUGUGCUUCCUACCUCUAUAUUCCAAGAAAUGGAUCCCAGGCUAUCCGCUGUCACUGCAAGCAUCCAGCCAAUGAGCACCAUGAAUAUGAGCCAUAUGUUUGUAAAAAAUGUGCAGUCUGCAAGGGCUUCCAAAGCUCAUUCUCAUGCGGUUGUGGGUACCCGACACGAGCUCACCAGAUGGUAGUGGAAACAAAGGAGCAGCGUGUGGAUCGUGGGAAGCCAGUUGGACAUGAUGUACCGUAUGCAGCCAUGGGGGGCCUCACCGGCUUCAGCUCAUUAGCUGAGGGUUACCUUCGACUCGAUGCAAGUGGUGUAGGUGUUCCAGGAGAUGACUUGCUAAAUGCCCCCAUCACUGCUCAUGACCAUCCAUUUUUGAGGGCACAUUCAGGGACAGCAGCCUCACUACUGCCCCAUAAUUCUUCAAGAUCCACAGCUGAUGCAGGUGCCAACAACUCACUCACACAGGGCAUCGCCAACUUAAAGCUCCGUGAAGAAGAGGAUAUGGCAGAAUUGGAAAAGCGUUACCAGGAAAGAAUAAAACUUCAAAGACAACAGGCAAGAACAGGUGCAAGUGGAAGGGCACCAUAUCAAGCCAAAACACAGUCACGUGGAAAGGGAAAACAAGCCACACCAUCUGGAAAGGCUCGGCCCUUGCGGGGUGCUCUUGUAGUGGCAGGCUGGAGUGACGUGUGGCGCGGGGAGCGGGCGGUGCGUCGUGCCACACAUCCUGGCCAGGAAACCCCUGCUCCAGCCCUGACCGGGGCGGCUCCAUCCGGAGUGGAGGCUGUGUGCUGCUGCUGCUGCCGGAUGUCGGCCUCCUGCCCGACCUGAAGCCAUGGGAAGCCAGCAGCCUUCCUCAGGCUGCACCUGUACCAACUCGGGGAACUGCUUUCACCCGAGAGCCGUGACCUGCUAUGCUGAGAAUUUGAUACAUC